AUGGGAACUGUUUCAUUAGCUGUUCAACUAUUUAUUGUAUUUUUGUUGACUUCAUACUUAUUGAACAAGUACUCGACUAUACGGAAGCAGAAUCCAAUCGUAACGAUCUCCACAUUCAUUGGAUGGUAUUUUUCGCUCAUCAUUGUCUUCGUCCUUCCUCUUGAUGUAGCAAUUACAUUCUUCCACAAAUGCGAAACUGAUCGUCAAAGAAUUCUGAAUACCACUUCAACGCCUGCACCAGUCGUACCAGAAUGUGAACUUCCAGGUGGAUAUGUUCCAGACGAUGUAUUUUUCGAUCUAUGGCGAGUCGUUUACUGGAGUGCUCAAAUUCUCACAUGGCUCAUUUUACCUCUUCUUCAAAGUUAUGUGACUGCUGGAAACUUCACUAUUUUUGGAAGGAUUCGAGCCGCCGUGAUUAACAACGCUCUUUACUAUGCCAUUUAUUCCCUUUGCUUUCUGGCGAUUCUCAUCUACGCCAUGCUAAAAGGAGUUUCCAUCAAUAUUGAGAACUUAAAAGUCAUCUUGGUCUCUGCAUCCAACACUUGGGGACUUUUCCUUCUGGUUGUGUUGCUUGGACACGGACUUGUCGAGCUGCCUCGUAGUCUUUGGCACCAUGGAAAUAGACAUUAUCGUCUGAGAAAAACGUAUUUCGACAUUGAAAAAUUGGCAUCAGAGAAGAGUGAAGCAGAGGAAAGUGUCAAGGAAAUCUACAAAAAAGUUCGCGUUCUUUUCAAUUCGAUGAAAAAUGAUUCAAAUGGACAACGAAGAAAAGUGAGAACGAUUCUGUCGAAAUUCAGUGAUGACGUCAUCGACCAGUUGUUCCCUUCAAGACAAGUUAUUGACAAUGCGAAUAUGGAAGAAACUGGAGAUUUUUGCUCGGAAGCUAAACUGAUUAGUCUUCACAAAAGGACAAUUUAUGCUGUUCAAACAUUGAACAACGCUACUGCGCAGUGGAAAGUCCUCGUUGAUCGUGCCUUGUUUCUGGAAAAUCUCGCAUUCUCCGAGUCGAAUGGUUACAAUCUGGAUCUUGCUAGAAAUACAUGCGUGCCGAUUGGAAUCCGCCGAUUUUGGUAUACUCGCCUACAAACUCCAUUCUGUCGAGUGUUCGGUGUUCUCACUGUGUUCAUGACAUUCUUCGUUCUGUUCUCGGAAUGCACAUUCUUCGUUGUUUCCUAUACAGUUUCUCCAGCGGCUUUCGUCACGGAAUAUGCAUCGAAUCGGUUUCAUUAUAAGUAUACACAGUUUGUUGCCUUCGGUAUCAUCGUGUAUCUGAUGACUUGCGCCUACUUUACAAUCUUCCGGUUACAAAUCUACAAGUACUACCAUUUGGAUCCUAAUGGACAUACCGAUGAAAACAGUAUUCUUUUCAGCGCGAUUCUACUUUGCCGUCUGACACCACCAAUCUGUUUGAACUUCCUUGGAAUGAUUCAUAUGGAUUCUCAUAUUUCGAUGGCAAAAAGUUUCGGAGUAGAAACUCAAUUCACCAAAUUGAUGGGACAUCUCGAUGUUAUUCCAAUUCUUGCCAAAGGAAUCAACAUUUACCUUCCGAUUUGCAUCAUUUUGUUGUGUGCCAUCCACUACUAUCGAGUUGGAGCAUACGUUCUUCAUAACAUUGGUUUCGAUCAAUUUGUAGAAUCAGAUGAGAUGACGAAUGAUAUGGUCAAUUCUGGACGGUCACUUGUUCAAAUCGAGCGGAAUUCAAUCAAGAGAUCAAACGAGAGAAAUCAAAGAAAUCAAAACUGGACCAAUUCAAUCGGGAAUAAUGCAAAUGCAUCCAAUCCGGUGCCGAAGUACAAGCGUUCUCGAAAAAAUGAGGAAGAAAGACCAAUGCUGGAAGAGGAGGAAAUGGAAGAAAGAGAACUGACAAGUAGCACUCGAAUAUCCUUGUCUCCUACGGAACAUCCAUCGUCCAGUGGAUUCUUCGACGAUAUGUGA